AUGAUUACUCAUGAUUAAAAUGAUAAUGAAUUGGAAGUAGACGACAGAAGAGAAAUUGAGAGGCUUAAAUUGAUUGAAUAAUCUAUCAGGACAAAAGUGUAAAUGCUAUGUGAAUACCACUCAGAGGUUAACAGGCAGAUAAUGUAUUUAGAGAAAAAUUAUGAAAAUUUACAGGGUGGCAGCUUGCUUGGAGAUAUUUAAAGUUAGAUUUAGUUAUAAAAUACGAAUAAACUUACUAAAAAUGGUUCAAACGUAUAUAAUGAUAAUAUAACAAAUAACUAUAAUUAUUACUAAGACAAAAAUGAUGGUGGCAAUAUUUUUUAGGAAGAUGAAGAAGAGUACUUUGAAGAAGAAUAAGACGAAGAAGAUUAAAAUGAGUUGAAUUUAUCUAAAUAAAAUGAUAGAAGCUUAUUUCAAAAUGAGAUAAUAGAUAAAAAUCAUUUGUUAGUUGAUAUGAGUUAGAUGUUUCCAAAACUAAUGAAACCAAGACAACAGAAUAUCCAAAAAGAUGAACCAAAAAAGAAAAGAAUAUCGACAUUAUUAUAAACUAAGAAAAUGUAUCCUUUUAAAAAGAUGAAACCACUUCCUAACGAUGAGCCUGGGAUUGUUUGCCAAAAGUUGGCCAUGAAAGAUAAAUAUGAGAAAUUUUUGAAGAAAUUGAAACAAGAAAUGCCUUAUUAUAUAAGUGAUUAUGGAUAAAUUAGGUAUCCGAUUUAUGUAAAAAAGAAAGUGGCAUUUUUUUGCAGAUAUAUAAGCAGAACUAAACUUGUAGAAGACACAAGAAUAGGUGCUGAGGCAGUAGCCAAAUGGGUAAAAGUAUACUGUGAUUACAUGGACGACAAACUUGAGAACGGAGAACCUAACGAAACUUUUGAAGAAUACGUCAAAUAAAAACAAACAAAAAGCGCAUAUAUAAUAAAAAAAAAGCAGCUUAAUUGCUAACCAAACUUAAAUCAGGCCAUUUUAAAGCAAGUCCAACCAGCUAGUUGGUAAAAUCAGGAAAAUCAUAAAAAAGUAGACAAUUAGAAAAACAAAUAUAAUUUCAAAAUGUCUUGA